GCGUCGCUGUUGCCGCCGCUCACGCUCGAGGUGGACUCCAUCGCCGAGGGCGAGGACACAGUGGGCGUGGAGUGGCACGUCCAGUGCGGCGACGCGCCCUUCCCGCUCGGCCGUGGCCUCUCGCAGGCGCGCGUCGACACGCAGAGCGGCAAGAUCUGCCGCGUCGUUGACAUUGCCGAGGCGCCGUGGCGCGUCAUCGGCCUCCUCGUGCUGCCCUUCAUCACCGCGUACCAGCGCCUCACCGCCCUGCAGCGCGCGACAGUCGAGCAGCAGCAGCAGCAGCAGCAGCAGCAGCAGCAGCAGCAGGAGUUUGGCGAGUCGCCGCCGCUGCAGCAGCAGCAGCAGUUGACGCCGCCAGAGGCCGGUGCCGAGGGCGCGGCCGUCCGCAGCGACGAGGACGUGGAACGCGAGUACGGGCUGCUGCUCCUGGCGGUGCUUGCGGACGGCGUGGUCGACCCGCGCGAGCGGGAGGUGCUAGCGCGGUAUGCCGAGGAGAAUGGGUUGAGCGAGGCGCGGCGGGCGUGCUUGCUGGCUGCGGCAGGCUGGAGCGAAACCGAGUUCCGGGAGGGGCGGAGGGGCUUACCAAAGAGCGACUGAGUUUUGCCCCACCGCACCCGCUCCCGGCCCCACGCGCUCCGCAGUGUGUGAUGCAGACUCUGCGCGUCACGCCCGCGGCCCGGAGGCUGCUGCCGGAGGCU